GUGUUGAACCACAAAAGAAGGUGUAGGUGUAGAGAAAUUUGAGUAAAAAAUGAAAGAAAAGAAAGACGAAAACAACAUUUGAGAGUGAGACGAGAGGAAGACCUCUAAAAAACUUUCCUAAUUUUAUCCCUAAAGUUCCGAAAAAUUUGUGGCCAAAAUUCAAACCAAUUGAAACCCACCAAAUGAACGAAAUCAACCACGCCUUUGGUUUCAACAUAUAUUGUUUUUGGGGUAAUUGGUAUCCAUUCCUUCAGACAACUCAUCCUCUUUUCUUCUUCUUCUUCUUCUUCUUCUUCUUCUUCUUCUUCUUCUUCUUCUUCUUCUUCUUCUUCUUCUCCUCCUCCCUACUCUCAUGCUCAUUUGAUUUCAUGGCUAAUUUCCAUGCUUUUUUGCCUCAUUUCGGCCUCCAUUUGGGGUUCCAUUCUUUCAUUUUGAGCCCUUUUCUUCCCACUUUGGCUCACUUUUGAAGCUCUCAAAGCUUUGAUUUGAUCCAAUCUUCUUCCCCAAAAGCACAGACCAAAGCAGAUCACUUCAGUCCUCCACAAAAAUGUCUAAUAACAAUAAAAUGAAAGGCCUCCUCAAAGGCCUCAGAUACAUUUCUCAAAUAUUUGAUAAUGAGAAAGAACCUGAAAUGCAGAUUGGUGUACCCACAGAUGUCAAACAUGUUGCCCAUAUUGGAUGGGAUGGUCCUUCAGUCAAUUCUCCAAGCUGGAUGACUGAAUUCAAAGGUGAUCCUGGAGAUGCCUCUGGCCAAUUGGCUUCUCAAGAUACGAACCACACGGCUCGGGAUAUGCCGGAGAUACCAAAAGCAUCGAGAAGACAGUCAUCAACUGUCGGCGGCAGUGCGGGGGAUUCUCCGACAAGGGAGAAAUCGGAGAAGACAAGGUCAAAGAAAUCUUCAAAGUCCAAGGAAUCGUCUACGUCGGAUGGCAUUAGACCGUCGCACCGAAGCUCCGAACUGUCCCAGGGCGGCGAGUCGGGGGCUCCGAAGAAAGCGCGACGGAAGAAAUCGAAGGAAGACGGAUCGACGAGAUCGAGAUCAAAAGGUGCGGCGGCGGAUAUUUCAUGCAAAAUUAUUGGAUGUUUGGUGAUCAAAUUGGGCGACGAAUAA